GGUAAAUCUUAGAUUCAUCUAUUUAUAGCGGAAUAGGUAGGCGGUUCCACUGCACAUUCUCGCAAUAUCAUUGGUUGGUCGUGUAGAUCUAGUGGUGGGGAAAACUGUGAUGGUAUAAAAGCCGUAUUUUACGGUAAAACCUUUAGUUAAUUCUUGUUAUUGUAAUCGUUAACGGAAAAAUGACUGGCAGAGGCAAAGGUGGUAAGGGUUUGGGAAAAGGUGGCGCUAAGCGUCACAGGAAAGUUCUACGAGACAAUAUCCAAGGAAUCACAAAGCCGGCUAUCAGAAGAUUGGCCCGCCGCGGAGGGGUGAAACGUAUCUCUGGUUUGAUUUACGAAGAAACUAGAGGUGUACUUAAGGUAUUCCUAGAAAACGUUAUUAGAGACGCUGUAACUUACACCGAACACGCAAAAAGGAAGACUGUAACAGCAAUGGACGUCGUAUAUGCUUUGAAACGCCAAGGUCGUACGUUGUACGGUUUCGGAGGUUAAAUUUCACCAUCGAAAUAUUGCUAUCGGUCCUUUUCAGGACCACAAA